GUGUUGCAUGGAAAAUUUAUAGUGAAAGAAUAACACAAAGGUUUCUGAAACCAAGUCUCUACGAAAUAUCAAGUGAACAGCUAAAGACAGCAGUUUCAGAGCUCAAACUUCCAGCUGAACACACACCACGCUGGUAGAAAAUCAUAAUGGAUAAGAUCAAGAAGUUUUUUGAAAAGAAGAAAGCUGAUACAAAGUUUAAACUAGCAGGAGAAGGACAUAGACUCAACGAAACAGUCCAGCCACCAACAGUAAACAGAAGUAUUCAAUCCCAGGCUCGUUCAGAGGCUUCAACUAGUGCAGCACAACAACAGGCUGCCGCUGCAGCAUUAGCACGUCUUGAAAAGAAAAAAGAUCCCACCCCUCAGCAAAGAUCUGCAGCAAUAAUACGAGCCCAAGCAUUAAAGGAAUUAGAACUAGAGAAACAGGAUGCCCCUAUUCAAGAACUGUCUCUGUCUGAUAAAACUCAAAAAUUUCUACCAGCAGAUCAAUUUGCUGUCAGUGGGGUUUAUUACAAGUGCCCCCUUGUAGGGCCUGAUGUAUUGCCGAAAAAGGAAAUUGAAAAUUUGAUAAAGGAAUUUCUCUAUCAGCAAUUAGAAUGUGAAGAAGCAGGACUAACUGCAUGUCUUGUUAUACACACCUUGAACAAGCCUCCAGAUAAGGUUCAGCAAUGCAUCGAGACGUUGUUUCGGUAUCUAGACAACAUCGUUCAGAAUCCCACGGAGGAGAAGUAUCACAAAAUCCGUAUCAACAAUAAAAUUUACCAAGAACGUGUUGCUCAACUCGAGGGAGUUCAGCAUUUUUUGCAAGCAGCCGGCUUUCAACUGAAAUCUGUACAAAAUUCCCAGCAAGAAUUGGAGGAUGUCUGGGUCUUAUUAAAUACGCAGCCGGAACACAUCGAAUACAUUAGUAAUUUACGUGAUAGUUUAAUCAGCGCCGAGCCGAUACGUCCUGAAUUAGAUCGAGGACUGCAGAUUUUGAUGCCGUCGCAGGCUGCCAAGCGAGUUGAAUUGCCAUCUGAUUUCUUCUGGCUUACUGCAGAAGAAAUAAAACGAGAACAACAGUUGAAAACUGAGCAGGCUGAGCGAGGGUUAAUGCUACGGACGCGGGCCAUGAGGGAGCGUGACGAGAAGGCUGCAUCACGAAAAUACCGAUUUACUCUCAUCCGCGUUAAGUUUCCUGAUGGUCCAGUGCUACAAGGCACGUUCAAAGUGAAUGAAACCAUGCAAGACGUCCGUCUGUUUGUUUCCGAAGCCCUCCAAGAACCCUUCAUAGAAUUUAGCUUAGUAUCACCAGCAGCUGGUGUUACUAAUCCGGCCGAUGUCCAAAACCCAAGUCUACUUGAUCUUCAGCUAUGUCCAUCAGCACUCUUUCACUUUGCCCCAGCCGUUCCUUCAUCUUCUGGCUACCUGAAAGACGAUUUAAUGAUCCUUAUGCAAUCCAUAUGAUUGUUUCCUGGUUUGUUGCAAAACCGAAAUACUUGUACACUUUCCAAAAAUUCCUAUAUUAGUCACCUUAUAUUGCAUCGCUUCCUGUUUACUACAUAGUAAAAUAACUAAAUUUAUAUUAGAUGUUUAACAGCGACAAUGGAUGUAUUCUUUAAUUGGAUUUUUUGGAAUCCAAGGAUUAAAUCCAUAAUGACUAGGUAAUCAAUACAUAACCGAUAAUUUGA